UUCUGUCUCUGUCGCCCUUGUUUUGCAGACUGGUCUUAUAAUAGGGCCAGCAAAGCCCCUAAGGCACUCAGCCACCAUGAAUCCCGAUGAUUCCACUAGUGGGUUCCGGCAUGCCAAGGUGGUAAUGUUCAUCAAUGAGCAAAUGUCCAAGAACUCCAAAGGCCCCGAGUUCUACCUUGAGAACCUGUCCCUGUCCUGGGAGGCGGUGGAAGAAAAGCUCAAAGUCCUCCUGGAGAGUAGCGAGGUACCUCGCGAAGUUCAGGAAGCCUGUGCCUGGGGCAGUCUGGCCUUGGGUAUUCGCUUUGCUUUUAAACAAGCCCAGUUGCAGGGGCGCCGAGUGCAGUGGCUGCAUGACUUCGCCAGCCUGCACAGGUCGGCAGCACAAGGCUUGACAUCAGAUCUGAAGAAGCUCACCGAGCAGCAAGAGAUGGAACGCAAGGAGGCAGCCUACCAGCUCCAGUUGGCCCACACCAAACUAGCAGAGGUGCAGAGAGAUCGCGACUUGAUGAGACUGAAGCUACUACAUGCAAAAUUUGCCACCCCUAUGAGAAUCCUGAGAGACUACAGAGGAUGCCAGCACCAGGUACAAGCAAGGACGUCCACGAGUAUCCAGCUUCUUAACAGGACUCUUCCCCAGCCCCAACUCUCACAGGUCCUGAGGAUGAAGGAGAAGAACCCCAUAGAGACCAACGAGUCUAUAAAGAACAUCCUCCAGGACCCUUCCACAGCAGAUCUGCUGCUGUUGGAUCCUCCACCCCUUUAA